GUCGGUAGAGGCAGGAGGAGGAGGUCGGGUUGUAGAAGCUGGAGUGGCCGGCAGCGCGCUCAUCGGUUCUCGUGGGCUUUGUAGGUCCGUGCCUAGUCUCUCCCUGGAAAGGGGGGGGGAGGCUUCGACGUCAAGAGGGAGCCGCUGCCGCCGUAGUUCCGAGCUUGAAGUCGCCAGGACUUCUCUCAAACUUGUGUGCUGAGGAGACUCAGAUGUGGGCCUCAGCUCCUAGGGUGAACUCAGCAGAUCGGCCCAUGAAAACUUCUGUAUUGAGACAAAGGAAAGGAUCUGUCAGAAAGCAACACUUGUUAUCUUGGGCUUGGCAGCAAGGAAGAGGACAGGUAUUGGAAAUCCUGCGAUCUGAAAAGCAGACUGAAAGGUGACAAAGAAGCUGAAGAUGGGUGGUGGAGAGAGGUAUAACAUUCCAGCGUCUCAAUCUAGAAAUGUUAGUAAGAACCAACAACAGCUUAACAGACAGAAGACCAAGGAUCAGAAUUCCCAGAUGAAGAUUGUUCAUAAGAAAAAAGAAAGAGGACAUGGUUAUAACUCAUCAGCAGCUGUGUGGCAGGCCAUGCAAAACGGGGGAAAGAACAAAAAUUUUCCAAAUAAUCAAAGUUGGAACUCUAGUUUAUCAGGUCCCAGCUUACUUUUUAAAUCUCAAGCUAAUCAGAACUAUGCUGGUGCCAAAUUUAGUGAGCCGCCAUCACCAAGUGUUCUUCCCAAACCACCAAGCCACUGGGUCCCUGUUUCCUUUAAUCCUUCAGACAAGGAAAUAAUGACAUUUCAACUUAAAACCUUACUUAAAGUACAGGUAUAAAAUAAGACAAAGUACUUACGCUUAAAUUUAGUUAUGUUUAUGGAUAGUUGUCAACUGGUCUGAAACAAAUUCGCCAGGGAGUUAAUCUAUUUGUGUAGAACUGCUAAUUAAUGUAAAAAAUAUAGACUGCAUCUCACGUAUGUGUGUGUGCACUGUGAUGUAAUGGUAGUAUCAGUGCAACUUAAAACUAAAUAAUUGUACUUGAUAUUAAGUGUUCUCAACUGAGUAACUUUUAAGGGGAAACCAGCCAAGUUUAGAUUUGGGGAGUGGUAAAGGAAUCAGCUUUUUCUAUUGUUAGGGGAAGAUAGUAAUUUAUCAUUCAUGGACCAGAUUGUUGUGUUGGUGAAUCAGAUUCAGAAUUAGGUAAAUAUCUGCAAGUUUAGUAUACUGGAAACACCCACAUCAGUAAUAUGCUAACAAUCUGAUGCACUGCUGAAAGAAAAUGUGAAUUUUUCUUAAUAAUUGUAUUUUAGUGAAUUAUACAGUGGGUGGAAAGGGCAUUUGGAGCUCAUUAGAAUUAGACAUAGUACACCCCAAUGGCCCUGUUUAUUAAAUGUAGUGGAUUAAGUGUCUGCCAACAAAUACACCAAAAGCAUUUUUUAACAGUAUUUAAUGGUCACUCAGUAGCUUUCAAAAUACAUUUUUGUAUUACAGCACUGCACAGGCUAUUAUAAUAGUGAUCUGGCCUCAUCAUUCCUGCAAAGCUGGCUUUCGGGAGCUGUAUAAUGUGAAAAUUUUAAGUACCUAGGGGAGAAAGAGCCAUGUAAAUACCUGUAAUGAACUUGUAGCAUAUGUAAA